AAAAAAACUGUUACCUAAAAUUGCGCAGCAAUCGCCACUUGUAACCAUCUCGCUUCCCCCUCCGCUCUCCUCUCCACGGUAAAGAAAAUAUAUGACCUCAAUUCAUAAAGCCUAAGAGACGAGCUUCCACACUCACUUUCCUUCACAACCUCCACCUUCCUCUUCUCCACAUACACGUACGCCAUCUAUACGUAACAAUGACGGACAUCACCGACGACAUCGCCGAGGAGAUAUCGUUCCAGAACUUCGAGGACGACUGCCGCCUGCUCCAGAGCCUUCUCAACGAUGUGCUUCAGAGGGAGUUGGGUCCCAAGUUCAUGGAUAAAGUUGAACGGACUCGUUGCCUCGCUCAGAGUGCAUGCAACAUGAGAAUAGCAGGGAUUGAAGAUACAGCAUACCAUCUGGAGAAACAAUUGGCUUCAGAACUGUCUAAAAUGACACUCGAGGAAGCUCUGUCGCUUGCUCGCACAUUUAGUCACUAUCUCAGUUUGAUUGGAAUUGCAGAAACUCAUCACAGAGUGAGAAAAGGACGAGGUGUGCCACAGUUAUCAAAAUCUUGUGAUGACACUUUCAGUCAACUACUUCAAAGUGGUGUUUCCCCUGAUGAACUGUACAACACUGUUUGUAAGCAGGAGGUUGAGAUUGUACUUACUGCACAUCCCACUCAAAUAAACCGCCGUACCUUACAGUACAAACACAUUCGAAUUGCGCACCUUUUGGAGUACAAUGAACGACCUGAUCUUGGAAUUGAAGAUCGAGAUAUGCUGAUUGAAGAUUUGGUGAGAGAGAUAACUUCAAUAUGGCAAACAGAUGAGCUUAGGCGCCACAAACCCACCCCAGUUGAUGAAGCCCGGGCUGGCUUAAAUAUUGUUGAGCAGACACUCUGGAAAGCAGUGCCACAUUAUCUACGCCGUGUCAGCAAUGCUCUGAAAAAGCAUACUGGAAAACCUCUUCCAAUGACAUGCACACCAAUAAAAUUUGGGUCUUGGAUGGGGGGUGAUAGAGAUGGAAAUCCAAAUGUGACAUCAAAGGUCACAAAAGAUGUCUCUCUUUUGUCCAGAUGGAUGGCCAUUGAUCUCUAUGUAAGAGAAAUUGAUACUCUCAGGUUUGAACUUUCAAUGAACCAAUGCAGUGACAGAUUAUCAAGAUUGGCACAUGAAAUCUUAGAAAAAGAAAAUGCAGCUGAGGAUCGUAAUGACAGGAAUCAGCCUUCAAUUUUGAGUCAGUCGAAACACCAGGCCCCACAUGCUCUACCUUUUCCUUCGCAGCUCCCAACUGGAGCUGAUCAACCCUCUUUUACAGUUGAGUCUCGCUAUCCUCGGUUGGAUGUUCCUGGGACGGAAUUCAAGCCAAUAAAUCGUCAGGAUGGUCAAGCUCCUCCUCCAAGAGCUCUUUCUUCUGAUUCCCUUAUCCAAAAAGCAAAUAUAAAUGGCAAUGCUCCUGCUCCAGCAGUUACACGCGUUGCUUCCUUUAACUCCAGUCAGAUUGCUGCUCAAAGGAAGCUUUUUGCUGAAUCUCAGAUUGGAAGAACCAGCUUUCACAAGCUUCUGGAACCAAGCUUGUCUCAAAAGCCUGGAAUGGCCCCUUACAGGAUUGUCCUUGGAGAUGUAAAAGAAAAGCUCCUGAAGUCACGGAGGCGGCUUGAACUACUACUUGAGGAUCUUCCUUGUGAGUAUGAUCCUUGGGAUUAUUAUGAAACAUCAGAUCAGCUUCUUGAACCACUACUACUGUGCUAUGAUUCACUGCAAUCAUGUGGAUCCGGGGUUCUAGCAGAUGGUAGGCUUGCUGACUUGAUCAGGCGACUUGCUACUUUUGGGAUGGUAUUGAUGAAGCUUGACCUUCGUCAGGAAUCUGCCCGGCACUCUGAGACGCUUGAUGCAAUUACCGGAUACCUAAACAUGGGUACAUAUAGUGAAUGGGAUGAAGAUCGUAAGCUGGAAUUUCUGACUAGAGAGUUGAAAGGGAAGAGGCCUUUAGUCCCUCUAAAUAUAAAGGUUGCUCGUGAUGUCAAAGAAGUCUUGGACACCUUUAGGGUUGCAGCUGAAUUAGGGAGCGACUCACUUGGAGCGUAUAUUAUCUCCAUGGCCUCAAAUGCUAGUGAUGUCCUUGCUGUGGAGCUUUUACAGAAGGACGCACGCCUUGCUGUUGCUGGUGAACUGGGCAAACCAUGUCCUGCUGGAACACUUCGGGUGGUUCCCCUGUUUGAGACUGUGAAGGACUUGAGGGAAGCUGGGUCAGUAAUAAGGAAAUUACUAUCAAUUGAUUGGUACAGAGAGCACAUUAUAAAGAACCAUAAUGGGCAUCAAGAGGUGAUGGUUGGCUAUUCUGACUCUGGGAAAGAUGCUGGCCGCUUUACUGCUGCAUGGGAGCUAUACAAAGCUCAAGAAGAUGUUGUUGCUGCAUGUAAUGAAUUUGGUAUUAAGAUCACUUUGUUCCAUGGCCGUGGAGGAAGCAUUGGCCGUGGUGGUGGUCCAACAUAUCUUGCCAUCCAGUCCCAGCCACCUGGUUCCGUUAUGGGUACACUCCGGUCAACUGAACAAGGAGAAAUGGUUCAGGCAAAAUUUGGACUACCUCAGGUGGCUGUUCGGCAACUUGAGAUCUACACAACAGCAGUGCUACUUGCUACCUUACAGCCACCACAACCACCUAGAGAACAAAAGUGGCGCAGUUUAAUGGAAGACAUCUCAAAUAUUAGUUGCAACAGUUACCGAAGCACAGUGUAUGAAAACCCAGAGUUCCUCACUUACUUUAAUGAAGCUACACCUCAGGCUGAGCUUGGCUAUCUCAAUAUUGGAAGCCGACCAUCACGAAGAAAGAGCUCAGUAGGCAUUGGGCAUCUCCGUGCAAUUCCAUGGAUAUUUGCAUGGACCCAAACCCGAUUUGUUCUUCCUGCUUGGCUCGGAGUGGGAGCAGGCCUGAAAGGGGUUUGUGACAAAGGACAUACCAACGACUUAAAAGAAAUGUACAAAGAAUGGUCCUUCUUCCAGUCCACAGUUGAUCUCAUAGAGAUGGUUUUGGGAAAGGCAGACAGCCCCAUAGCAAAGCAUUAUGAUGAAGUCUUGGUGUCUCCAAACCGGCAAGCACUUGGUUCAGCACUAAGGAGCGAACUUCUGUCAACAGAAAACUAUGUGUUAUUGGUCACUGGACAUGGGAAGCUGUCUGACAACAACCGGAGUCUGCGCAGGUUGAUUGAGAGCAGGCUUCCGUAUCUGAAUCCUCUGAACAUUCUUCAGGUGGAGGUAUUAAAGAGGUUGAGGCGCGAUGAUGAUAACAACAAACUUCGAGAUGCGUUGCUUAUUACCAUCAAUGGAAUUGCUGCUGGCAUGAGGAACACUGGCUAAAUUCUAGUCGACCGGCCUAUUGCAAUGACACAUAUAACAGGGUAGAUAACCGAUGCGGUUAUCAUGAGACUACUCAACUAGUUAGUGAUGAACAUCUAGUAGAUAUAUAAUAUAUAUAUGCUUCCACAUUCAUUCAUCUGCUUAUAAGAUGAUAUGAUCGUUGUUGAUCUUGAUAUUGUACGGUUUUGGCGUCUUCAAAUGUGUUUUUUCCAUUAAUUAAGAUUAUAUAUGCAGUUCCAUUCGAAAG